AGUAACAAAGAAAAACAGUUGUUAAAGCUACAGUCAGUCCAUAUCAAGAUGAUCAGAAUCUGCCUUCUUUGGGGACUUCUCUCUCAAGUGUGCCUGAUUCAGACUGAAGAUGCUCCUCAACCAAUACCAGUGACUACUCGUCUAUUUGGAGACAAUGUAUCUUUGCCAUGUCCUAAAGCGGAAUCUGAACAAUUCCUGUACUGGUACAGACAAACUGUUGGCCAACUGCCCCAUAUUGUUGCAUCUGUAUCCUAUGCAUCAGAACCUGUACUUAAAGGAGAGUUUAAGAACCCAUGUUUCCAUGUGGAGGAAUCUCAAUAUGUGUAUAAUCUCAUUAUCAGAAAUAUCAGCACAUUAGAUGAGGCAACAUACUUUUGUGGAAUUGGGACAAUGUAUGGGAUGAACUAUGGAAAUGCAACAUUUUUGGCUGUGAAGGGACACAAUCACCCUACAUUGGUGCAGCAACCAGUUUCUGAUCCAGUCCAUCCAGGAGACUCUGUGAUUCUACAGUGUACAGUACUCUUUGAGACCUGUACAGGAGAACACAGUGUGUACUGGUUCAGAGCUGGAUCAGGAGAAUCCCAUCCAGGAGUCAUUUACACCCCUGGGAACAGGAGUGAUGAGUGUAAGAAGAACCCUGAGACUCCAUCUCCUACACAGAGCUGUGUCUACCGCCUCUCCAAGAACAACCUCAGUCUCUCUGAUGCUGGGACUUACUACUGUGCUGUGGCCACCUGUGGGAAGAUCCUGUUUGGCAACGGAACAAACCUAAAUAUUGAAAGAUCGCUGGAACAUGUAGUCAUUGGACUGGGAGUGACAUCAGUUUUCUGUGUGAUUGUGAUCAUUAUACUGGUCUUCAGCAGAAAUACAAAGCCAAUUUGUGAACAUUAUAAAGUGAGUGUUGCUCAGCAUAUUGGACAUGACAACUCAACCAUCGAAUGUGAUCAGGAACAAGACCCAGAUACCCUGAAGUAUGCUGCAUUGCAUUUCUCUGAGAGGAAAACUAAAAGAGGAAGAAAGAAGAGAGAGACACCACAGGAGAGUGUGUACUCUGAUGUCAGGUACUCAGAUUGGGACUGAACAUUGUUUGUGUGCAGAGGAAUGGAUGUAGUUUGGUAAAUAAACUUUUCUUAAUAUAUAAUGUGUUUAAACAGUCAUGACGUUUUAGCCUUACUGAUACAGUGACAUUUUCUAUCAAGUCAGACAGUGGCAAAAUGUUCCCUAUACCCAUCAUGAGGUUGCCACAACCUAGCCUAUGAAUGAAAGUUUACAACGUAGGUGCACACAGGUCGAGAGAAAGAUUUGAGGUGACAGACAGUGACACAUGAAAUAACGCCUUGUACACUUUUACAUGCAUCUAGCUGAUCUAGGGUGUAAUCAUUAGUCCAACAGUUGCAAACAAGAGUUACUAUUGGACGAAUACAGGUAUGUAUAUCCCCAUUUCAUUACGUUUGCUUCCGUUUAAGAAAAGUGUUUUACCGAAUCGGCGGAAUGAAUACACCCCUGAUCACACGCAAAGAGCUCACUUUCAUAGCCACAUACAAACAGCUCGUUGUAUUCCUUUUCGCAUCUAUGCGCUCUCCUCCUCUCACCUUUUCCCUUCGCUUAUGAACUUCAUAGCACAACACAUCAGCUGUCUGUGACCAGGGGAAAAAACCUUUCCAAGCCAAACAUUCAUAUCAUAACCGCUACACACAGCCUACAUCGUUGUCACCAUAUUAGCCAAAGUAACGUCAUAGUCAACAUAGCUAAUAGAAUUAACGUGUUAGUUAACCCGCUUACAAUCAUGCAGUACAAGUCAGUAAGCAGUUUAGUACCUACACCAGCGGGCCCUGUUGGCAAUAAAUUAGUAAAACCAAAAGCCCACCUUGACUUGAAAGAGUUACAGUUUUGGGUAGUUAUUGCCAGCUAGCUAACAUAGCAUCCCUUUGUUUGAGCCGGGUGUUGGCUAAACUAGCUAACUGCAUAUGCUAGCUAAGUAUUUUUUUUAAAGGAAUUCGUUUGUUCAAAACUGUUCAACUAUUGUCUUUCUCUUUGAGUCAACUACUCAACACAUUUUAUGCACUGCAGUGGUAGCUAGAUGUAGCUUAUGCUUUCAGUACUAGAUUAAUUCUCUGAUCCGUUGAUUGGGUGGACAACAUUUCAGUUAAUGCUAUAAGUGCUCUGAUGAGUUUCAGGAUGUCCUCCAGAAGUUGUAAUAAUUACUGUGUACGUCUAUGAAGGCAGUGAGAAACAUGAGGAGAAUGGAAACUAGCUGUCCUCCAGCUACACCAUGGUGCCUACCCUAGAGAGUACCGAUGAGGCUACUGUAGACCUUCAUUGCAAAAUAGUGCGUUUUAAUCAAUUAUUUGGUGACUUGAAUAUAUUUUGUAUAGUUUUAUCUAAAAAGGAUAACUUUUUAAAUGUUUCACUAUUUUUAUUUUUAUGAAAUUCACUAAGGAGGAUGGUCCUCCCCUUCCUCCUCUGAGAGGACUCCACUGAUGUAAGAAGCUCAUUCUUCUAGGAGCGUUCUCUGUCAAAGCGGCACAGUUAUGGAAUGGCUUGUCUUUCCAGGUAGAGGGCCAGAAACCAUUGAGGUCUUUAAAUCACUCCUGGCCUUUAAUCUGCGAUUGUACUGUUAUUUUAGACUUCCUUAGUGAUUCUAUGUUUUCCUCUUCUAUUGUAUCUCUUGUAUCUCAGCACAUUGUUUAGACAUACUGUUUAACUGUGAGCCAACUCAGUGGCCUUGUGCUUAGUGUCCACUGUGAGAUAAGAAGGUUGAGGGUUUGAUCCCCAGGACCGGAUGCCUCUCUGCUUGGCACUCAGCAUAAAGGAGAUGGAUUGAGAUAAGUGUCCUAUCCAGGAGGUGUACUUGUACAUCAAGCUGCCUUCCGCUAUAGAGUCAGUGUCACAGGGGUCGUUAAAUGGAGACCAAGACGCAGCAUGUAUAGUGCUCAUUCUGUUUCUUUAAUGAAUACACUUAAACAACAAAAUAAUAA